CUUCGUAUAGCCACAGGGACGUAAAACAGGACUGCUGUCAGUUUGCAGUCUUGCUCUUUCGCUGUAUGUUGUGAAUUUGAUAUCCAAAUUCGCAGUUGUCGUCGUCGUUCGAGAGAACAUACAAAGCGAUUGAACGUAAGCUUUUGAAGUUUCGAAAAAGUGACACUUCAACGACAACAGUAGGCAAAGGAUGACUGCUUUUCUUGCUAGCCAAAGAUUUGCAAUAUUAUUUGCGUCCCACAAUCGUCAGUUAUGCCGAGCGUAUAGCGGCCUACAAAAAUGCGAAUCGUUACUAUUUACCAGCCCACCUUCGCUCCUAUUUCAGCAUCAGAUACAAACUGGAGUACCAAAUAUCACAAACGUCGCUACAGCGUCAGCCAAUGACAAGCCCGAUAACGACGCCAUGAUUAGACGAGAUCUAGCAAGCCUUUAUGAAGACAUCAGGGAGUCAUUAGGCAAAAGCCAGGCAACAUUAACCCCAAUCGCUCAAUACUAUUUCGAUGGAGAGGGUAAAGCUAUACGACCCAUGAUUACAAUGUGUUUGGCUAAAGCGAUCAACUGCCAUCUAAAUCAAAUUUCAUCGGAAAUGAUCGAAAAACAAAAAAAGGUCGCACAAGUAGUUGAAAUGAUUCACACGGCCUCCUUAGUCCACGACGACGUGAUUGACCUGGCCGAAAGUAGAAGAAACAAAUCAUCUGCCAAUGUCGUAUGGGGACAGAAAAGAUCGAUCGUAGCAGGCGAUUUUGUUGUUGGACGCGCAAUUGAGAUCUGUGCUGCUAUGCAAAGCGAUCCUGUUUUCGAGCUGAUAACAAAGAUGGUGGCUGAUUUAGUUAAUGGAGAACUCAUGCAACUCGACGGAAGUGCAACAGAGAAUGAACGAUUCGCCCACUAUUUGGAAAAAACCUUUAAGAAAACUGCAAGCCUAAUUGCAUAUAGUUGCCAAUCGGUUUCAGUACUCGCUGGAGCUGAUUCCAGUUUGCAAAAUAUAGCAUUCCAGUUUGGACGCCAGUUGGGAAUGGCAUUUCAAUUGGUUGAUGACGUACUCGAUUUCGUAGCUACAUCGGCCCAAUUGGGUAAGCCAGCAGCAGCUGAUCUACGCCUGGGACUAGCAACUGCUCCAGUUUUGUUUGCUGCACACAAAUUUCCUGAAUUGAAUCCACUCAUUCAACGGCGAUUUAACCAGCCAGGAGACGUCGAGACAGCUUUCUAUUUAGUCCAUCGUUCUGAUGGAUUGCAGCGAACAAAGGAAUUGGCUAGCCAAUACUGUGAUGAUGCCGUAACUAAGUUGGCUCAUUUGUCACCAUCGUCUUACCAGCAAAUUUUAUAUACCUUAACACAUGAGCUACUUAACAGAAUGAAAUAAGUCCCUGGGAAGAUGGAUUCUUUCUAAUCUAGAGAAAAAAUUUAUUUUUGAUAACGUUUUUGUUGUGAUUUCAUUCAUAAAGGAGGGAUUUAGCAACUAUAACACUAUUACAUGUUAAUGAUAUAAGGACUUGUUUUGCACCGCUUUCGCUUUAUAUAACCUAGUUUCGAGGAAUACACGUGAUCCUCCCGAAAAGGACGGUUUCAACAAGUGA